AUGGGAAUCCAGCGGUUGUUACACGAUCUCCUCCCCUAUGCUGAACGAGUUGUUCUUGGCGUCUCACCUCGAACGGCCACCGGGACAACCGACGUUGAAGCCUUGAUAGUUGACGGGCCUUCGCUUGUCUAUUUUGUAUAUAACAGGCUGCUAGCAUAUCAUUGUCUCAAUUCCCUCAUUGCUCUCGCUCCGCCACCAACUUACGCCGAAAUCAACCAAGCAGUCCUUCACCUUCUGGACGAUCUCCAAACUCAAGGCAUCACCAUCGCACACAUCUUCUUCGAUGGAGGCUUGCCCAAAUCUAAACGGGAUGUCCGUCUCGACCGCAUGGACAAGUUGCGCCAACAGCUCGACAUCUUUCGAAAAGCCCACGCCGACUUCCCGCCCUGGUCAGCCUCUUCCGUUGGAGUGCGGGAUUUUGAGAAGGCUCUCUGGGCAACCUCCGGGAUUUCGACGAGAAAGUCGACUCUGCCAGCUCCACCGUUCAUGGUAGCAAGCGUCAUCGAGGCCUUGAGCACCGCUGACAGCCCAUGGUCAAGGAGCGUCCACAUCGUUCCUGGUGAGGCAGACCUGUACUGUGCUCUUGCAGCUCAAACCUCCGCGGGGAAGGUAGCAGUCCUCACUAAUGACGCAGAUCUGGCAGUCCAUGAGCUCGGCGGGAGAGGCUGCGUGGCUCUGCUCCAUUCACUCGAGAAGAAGCAGCGGAAGUCUGCACCGAGGGGCUUAGAGUUCACAGUCCUUUGCCUGGACCCAGCACACACUGCUUCGAGAAUGAACGUCGACUCUCUCUUUGCCUUUGGGUUUGAGCGCUUUCUCGACUCGAACGCCUCCACGGCAAUCAUCCGAGAGCGGGCCAGGAAUGCCUCGAGCCUGCACCAAAUGAAGAGCGAGCACACUACAUUUCUGGAAGAGUUCCUACCAUCGAUGCCGGUUUCUGCCAACUCCCAGCUCAAUCUAAACAGCCUGGAUCCACGCACCGCAGAGCUGGUUGUCGGGCUAGACGAUUCGCCUUACGUAUAUUUGACUCCAAUCUUAGAAGACCCACAACGCGACUCAUCUUGGUCAUAUGGAGCACACAUUCGACAGCUCGGGUACACCCUUCUAUCAUCCUCGACAAGGUCAAGGAAUGCUAGGCUUACACAGCCCGCAGCUCCUGUCACGGAAUAUGCCAGAAAAGGCCAACGCAUCUCAUCUGCCACAGUGACGGCUCUCAAGCCAUCCGACGCCAUUCCUCGUAUGGCUGAACUGGAAUCACUUCUCGCCAUAUACAUCUCUCCUCCCUCCCCAGGCGCGGCAGUCAAUGACAGAACAGCACUGCCAGCAUGGUACGCGCUCGCCAUUCACCUGGUACACCAAGAAAAGGUCAAACUGGACAAGUCACCCCUAACCUUAACACAAGUUGCGCGUCUGUUCGGGCUGCCGCAGACGGCCGCUCUCACCUUUAAGAUACCUCCGAGGAUAUCUUGGGAGGAUAUCCACCUCUUGGCAAAUAUUCAGGCGGUGCUCUAUUCUCUACGAAUGCUCUACCAGAUCACGGGCUACAUCAUGAAUCAAAUGCAGCUCCCGUCCGAGUCUGCGGCUAUGGCUUCUCCACACCCCGGCAAUAGCGAAGGACUGCCGACGGGAAUAGCAGCUCUUCAUAGCACGCUGUCGAAUAUGCCUUCCAUCGCAGAUCUCCUGCUCGAUAUAACUCACUUGCGGCAGAAACUAGGUGAAGCAGAUAUCGAGACACGAAACAUGACUAUCCGGUGUCUGAAAGACGUACUUGAGCCGAAAAGCCUACCUGAACUCGCGAUUCAACACUCGGUACGUGACGAGGGAAAUCAAGACACUAGUAACGAACAUGACGAAGCGGUAUGGGCCACAGCCAAGCCGAAGAAGAAGAAGAAGAGGAAAAGAGGACGACAGCUUGAGACGCAGGCCAUCCAGACAAAAAGCACGAAUAUUUUCAAGCUAUUGUCGGAUGAUCCAGGCUGA